AUGAUGGCGUAUUGCAAACUCAUUGCUGGAGGAUUCAUUGAUCCACUUUCACUGGUACAUGUCCUGUUUGUACCGUGGAUACCAUGGACCCACCGAAAUUUGCUGUUCAACCAGGAUUUUGGAGUUCCCUUGAGAGUGUACGUACAACCGGACUUGUCUUUCCUUCGUAGGAACCGCGCUUCUUCAGACACUUUCUCUCAAGAUCUAGUCGUUCCCAGACAUGUGCAAACAGGACCUUUCAUGUUUGAAGAUGAAAAUUGUAUGGAAGUGUAG